UCCUAAAGGGCUAAGGAAUUGUAAAUUUGUUUUGUUGCAGACGUUAUGGCUAGUCGUUGUGUUGCCUCCACUUUUCUACCUCCCGUUCACAGUUUUGCCCCUAGAACUUCCAUGGCAACGGUGGGUUUGCUCUCUUGCCCACUCAACACCCUCAAAACACAAUCCAUCGCCAGAAGUUUCAGCAUCCUCUCACUUUCCGCCUCUAGAAAACCUCUCACAAAAUCACUCUUGGUGAGAUCAGUCGCUACUCCUGCUGAAGGUGUUGCCGUGUUUGAUGACAUGGUUUCUGGGACCGAGAGGAAGUAUUACAUGCUAGGUGGCAAGGGAGGUGUAGGGAAGACGAGUUGUGCUGCCUCACUUGCAGUUAAAUUUGCUAAUAAUGGGCACCCCACUCUUGUGGUUUCCACUGAUCCUGCACAUUCCUUGAGUGAUUCCUUUGCUCAGGAUUUGACUGGAGGGACACUGGUACCAGUUGAAGGACCUGAUGCUCCAUUGUUUGCUCUUGAGAUAAACCCUGAGAAGGCUAGAGAAGAAUUCCGCAGUGCUACCAAGAAAAAUGGUGGAACUGGGGUAAAAGAUUUUAUGGAUGGUAUGGGCCUUGGAAUGCUUGCGGAACAGUUAGGAGAGUUAAAACUAGGAGAGCUAUUAGACACACCUCCUCCUGGUUUAGAUGAAGCUAUUGCAAUAUCCAAGGUGAUCCAAUUUCUUGAAUCUCAAGAAUAUAGCAUGUUUACUCGUAUUGUGUUUGAUACUGCACCCACGGGUCAUACCUUGCGACUUUUGUCUUUGCCAGACUUCCUGGAUGCAUCCAUAGGCAAGAUAUUGAAGCUUAGACAGAAAAUAGCAUCAGCCACCUCAGCCAUCAAAUCUGUUUUUGGGCAAGAAGAAGCCCGGCCUGAUGCAGCGGACAAAUUAGAGCGACUGCGGGAGAGGAUGAUAAAAGUGCGUGAGCUUUUUCGCGACACAGAUUCAACUGAGUUCGUCAUAGUAACAAUCCCAACGGUGAUGGCGGUUAGUGAGUCGUCAAGGUUGCAUGCCUCCUUGAAGAAGGAAAAUGUUCCUGUAAAGAGUCUUAUUGUUAACCAGAUUCUUCCUCCUUCUGUCUCAGACUGCAAGUUUUGUGCUAUGAAAAGAAAGGAUCAGAUGCGUGCUCUCGAUAUGAUUCGAGGUGAUUCAGAGCUCUCCAGCUUGACCUUAAUCCAGGCACCACUUGUUGAUGUGGAGAUCAGAGGAGUUCCAGCUCUUCGAUUUUUGGGAGACAUCAUUUGGAAAUGACCAUCUACUCAAUUAAGCGAUGGCGAGCAGUCUAACUGAAGCGGUGAGGAUAUAUCACAUACGAAUGUGUAGCUUGGCAAGUUCAUUAGUCAAGUGUCAACGUCAGUUCCAAAGAGGUGCUAUCCUUUUAUACCACAAAUCUUUAGCUUGAGAUGCUAGAAACUGUCGUACCCCAACCAAACUUUAAAUUUUGAAGGGUCCCACAAUUCUUCUUACUGCCGAAACCUUUCGAGACGUGUAUACAUACAACGUUUUUCUUUUCAUAUGUUCUUGGAUACAUAUAUAAUUCUCUUCUUUCAAUCAACUUGUAUUAUUCAGUGA